AUGGAGAGGGCCAUGUUCCUCGAGGAUGGGUCUCCUCAGUUGGACGAGGAAGGGGAGCAAGUAAUGGAGUGGGUUCUUCGAUUCCCACUGUCGUGGUCGUCGGAACAUUUUGUACUGCGAACCGACGAGUAUCUGACGCCUGUCGAGGACCUGACCCCUGCGGAGAUGGCAGGCUUUGAGAAGCUUAAGGCCUAUGUGGAUGGCUUUAAGCCUUGUAAAGUUAUAACCAGCUUAGGGGAUGUUGCUUUGGAUAAGCAUGGUAGACCGAGGAUCGAACCUCGUUUCGUUAAUACCAGAUUAUUACUGUCGUGCAAAACUGUUUCUGCCGAGGACACUUUGUUGGGUAGAAUGGCUGAUCUUGCUUCCGAGCUGAUGAGGAUAGCUGCUGAGCAAAAAGGGGAGAAGUCAAAGAAGAAGGCGAGGAGAUCCAAGCCUAAUAUUCUGAUUGCCGAACAGACUGCUUCGGGGAGCAUCACCCAAUCUUCACCGGUAGGAAGCUCAGCUGGGACCCCGGGAGGUCGUGCAAAGAGGCAUCGGGAGGAACAGAUGACGCCUAUCGUCGACCUGUCGGAGGGGGACGGUGGCUUUGUCCUCCCCGCGUGUUUGAGCAACCGGAGCUUUUUUGACAAGAAUCCCCUCCAAGUGCCUGCCUCGGAGAAGAGUUAUGUUCUGGGUGUUUCUUCAGCUGCCCGACAGAAUCAGCUGAAUGAGGAUAUUGCUGCUGUCAUCCGGCUGGCGGAGACAGCCCUGGUAUUAAAUGAAGGGGGGCCAACUCGUGAGGUGGAAAAGUUGGCUGCCCGAAACGCCAAGCUGGAGGGGCACAUUGUGAAGCUGGAGGGUGAGCUCAUCGACCUUAGGGGCAAGCAAGAGAAUUAUGGCCAGCUGCUGGAAGAUGUUAGGGAAAGCCGGGAUGAGCUGGAGCUUGCUAAGAAAAGGCUCGAGGAGGUGGAGACCAGGGGAGCCGAGGAGAAAAAGAACUUGGAAGCGGUGAUAGCGGACCUGCAGUCCAAACUCGCUCCAGCUGCCGACGAGGCCAUUGAGACUUCCAGGCUGGUGAGUCGGGCAGACUUGGUGAAGGAGAUUAAAAGGCAAGGGGGCUUGAUGUUGGCGAGCAUGGUGCAUGGGUGGAAGAAUGCGAUCGCCCAACUCAGGGUUGUGAAUGCCGAGCAUGGCUUGAUUACUGAUGGCAUUCACAAGCUCAAACGGGUUGAGAACGGGCAGAUUGUUAUUCCUGAAGAGUAUCAGAAAAUGGCCCUUGAGGAGGAGAAGUACGAUGAAGCUGGUGAUGAUGAUGACGAGGAGGAGGAGGAAGCUGAGGAGGAAGCUGUCGGGGAGGAUCAGGCACCGGAGGAUAACCCAGAGGGCCAUGAUGAGAGCACCUGA